CAUUAGUCAAGAAUGGCUACAACAGCCGGUCUAGUUCUUGCCGCUAUCGCUUUGAUCGAGCCUACAAUCAAGCUCAUCAAUGGCACCCUAGACUUCAUUCAAGAUACAAACAAUUUUGGGAAAGACGCGUACGAUUUGGGUCUCAAAAUGAGCCAACAGAAAAGCAGAUACGACUCCCUCCAGAAGGUCUUAUUCGAGGACAACAAGUUCCCUUUCAUUAAUGGGAAGCCAUUUGCGCACCUUCCAGAAGAAAAGCAACGAAUUUUACUGGCCAUGCUAAGAGAAAUACCGCAACUCCUCUUCGAAUAUUAUGUGACCGAAGUUUCAUACAACCUAAAGCCCUCUAGAGAGGAACUAUCAGAUAGUCGGAACGAGGAGCAAGGUCUUCCUACUAUUUUGACUUCAAAAGAAUUGGAAACCAUAUUCGAAAAGGGUUCAGAGUCAGAAGUAUUUUCGGGGGUGUUGUAUCCAAAAACCGGCAAGCUUCAGAAGAUGUGGUGGUCAGUGAGGGGGAAAAAGCGAGCUGUCAAGCUUGUUGCUCAGUUUCAGGAUUGGUUGAAGCGUAUCCGCGAAACUUUGGAAGAUUGCUGGUGGCCACUCCCCUUCUUUGAUAAGAGCUCCAAUCUCCAAGUCGUGGAAGAUGACGUUGACGCACAAGCGGUUGGUGUCGCACAGAAAGCGGGCCUGCGCAAGAUACUCCUAGAUGACUCGCGGCUUCCCGGAGAUGUGAAAUUAUCGACUCCACAAUUGACCGUUAAGGGGUUCGACAAAGCGUGUCGCGGGUUUUCAAGAUAUGACGACAAAGAUGUAUUCGUGGAAUAUCUACCUUACGAACCAGAUAAAGACGGGUUCCUGCCACGCACAUUACGGCGCCGCUUUGGCGAGAUAGCCUGGCUGCUCAAUCAGCAGAAGGAUCCGGAGUUUCGGGCACUGCACUGUUUUGGGUAUAUCGAUUCAAGCUUUCCGAGGAAGGAGUUUCAGUUGGUUUACAGAGUCCCAGAGAAUCGUGGAAAGUCCCCGAAAUCUCUCCUCUCUUUGUACGGUGACAAAAAAUUUCCCCGUCCAUCCCUUGGUGAUAGGGUCAGUCUCUGCCAACUGCUGGCGCAGUCUAUGUCGCUGCUUCACUCUGUUGGAUGGAUACAUAAAGGCUUCCGCAGCUCGAAUGUUCUAUUCUUCCCGCGUGCAUCUGAAACCCAAGUUGUGGACAAAUUAGAAGAUCCUUUUAUUGUAGGCUUCGAGGCUUGUAGACUUGAAGACGAUUUCUCCACGGGGCCGUACGAUAAUCUCCUUUCACAGAACAUCUACAGGCACCCGGACAGGUGGGGUAUUCCAAAGAAACCCUUCACCAAAUACCAUGACAUUUACGCUCUAGGAAUCGUCUUGCUGGAAAUUGGCCUCUGGGAAAAGGCUGAAACCAUGGGGAACAACAACUUUCAGGUAGUAAAGCAGAACUCAGAUGCAAUCUGCAAGGAGUUGUUGCGACAAGCGGAGCGUAGGCUCGGAUAUCAUUGCGGGGGCAAGUUCAAAGAGAUUGUAAGGCGCUGUAUUACUGGAGAUUUCGAUAUCACCACGGCAGCAGACGACAAGCUAGAUACCCAGCUGCAAAGCAAGUUCCGUGAACUAAUUAUAAUGCCUCUAGCGGAAAUGGCCAAAGCGGUAUAG